AUGCUUCGGAUGGCGCUUGGAGACGACGCAAGACGCAAGCCGACUCAACAUUCAAGGUCAUUUUUGGCACAGACAACGUUUCAACGCAUUGUUAGUCAGAAAAAUAUCCAUUUUAAGAGUAUGUCAGAUGAAGAAUUCAAAUGCAACUUUAAAGAAUUGAUUCCGGAACAUUUGGAGUAUCUAACCCAACAUUCCGUUGGUAGUGGAAGUUUUGGCCAAUGCUUCAAAGCAAGUUACCGCGGGAUCGCCGUUAUUGUGAAGCAAAUGACACACAAUGACAACGCCGGAGAACAGGACAGGGCAAAGAAAAACCUUCUUCAUGAAGCAGGGGUUAUAACUGCAUUGGGGGAUCAUGCCAACCUCCCAAUGUUGUUUGGAGUAGUUACAAAGAGCUUGCCCCUAUGCCUUGUUCUACAGUUCCAUGGCAUCAACCAAGAAAGCACUACUCUUCAUCAGGCAGCAAGGAAAAACCUGCUUAAUUCAACAGAUUGUAUUUCACUGUUUAUAGAGAUAGCUUCUACCUUGAGCUAUGUUCAUUCAAAAGGCUACCUUCAUAAUGACAUAAAAGCUAACAAUGUAGUAUUGGAAAGAAAGUCCGACCCUGCGAAAUACGACCCGAUUCUUAUUGAUUUCGGUAAAAGCACCAAGCUGGGGUUGCCAUCCUCAAAACGAAGUUCGUCCUGCUCUUCAAGAAAGAUCUAUUUAGCCCCAGAAGUCCAAAAAGAAAGACAUUACAGCAUUUCUAGUGACAUUUACUCUUUAGGAAGAAUGCUGAAGGCUGUCUCGUGUUUAAUAGGUUUUUAUGAGAAGGUGCGGGUGCUUGUGAAAAAAGCCACUGACCAAAACCCGGGUGAUAGGCCUACUGUUGAAGAAUUUUUGCAACAAAUCUCUACAAUUAUACCAUAG